AAGCCUGCUCACUCCACCUCCGCCUUUCGCACUUGUAUCUAUGGCAACAGCUUGUCUUUGACGACACAAAGAUGGCGGACGUAGAGCAACAAGCAAUGCUACCGGUGGUCUCAGAAGUAAGAAAACGUCGAGCACCUAAAGCCCCCGAGCUUCCAAUCGUAGAGAGAAGAAACUGGCUCAUCCACCAGCACUAUAUACUUCAAGAUUACGAAACCUGCAAGGUAGUCAUUAAGGAGCAGUUGCAGGAGACAAAUGGAAUGUGUGAAUACGCCAUAUAUGUGCAAGCACUAAUCUUGCGUCUCGAGGGCAAGAUCCAACAAUCCCUGGAGCUGUUUCAGAGCUGUGCCAUCCUUAAUCCCAACAGCGCUGACAAUCUGAAGCAAGUAGCCAGAUCUCUGUUUUUACUGGGAAAGCACAAAGCAGCGAUUGAAUUCUAUCGUGAAGCGGCAAGGCUCAACGAGAACGACUGGGAGAUCAGUCACAAUCUGGGAGUGUGCCAUUUCUUCAUCAAAGAUUUCAGACAUGCUGAGGAGCAUCUCAACAUUGCUCUUCAGUUACACAAACAUGACACGACUUUCAUGAUGCUCGGGAAAGUCCACUUGCUGGCCGGCGAAACUGACAAAGCCAUUGAAGUGUACAAGAGGGCAGUAGAAUUCUCUCCAGAGAAUACGGAACUGCUGACAACACUCGGCCUUCUCUUUCUCUCCCUUGCUAAAUUUCAAAAAGCUUUUGAGUACCUUGGAAAUGCCCUCACAUUCGACCCCAACAAUUAUAAGGCCAUAUUGGCUGCAGGCAGCAUGAUGCAGACACACGGGGACUUUGAUGUGGCCAUGAACAAGUACCGGGUCGCAGCGUGCGCCAUGCCUGAAAGCCCCCCUCUCUGGAACAACAUCGGCAUGUGCUUCUUUGGAAAAAAGAAAUAUGUUGCGGCCAUUAGCUGCCUGAAGCGAGCCCACUACUUGUCUCCUUUUGACUGGAAAGUUUUGUACAACCUGGGCCUAGUGCACCUGACCAUGCAGCAGUACGCUUCUGCUUUCCACUUCCUCAGCGCCGCCAUCAACCUGAGCCCACGACUGGGCGAGCUGUACAUGCUGCUGGCAGUGGCUUUGACCAACUUGGAUGAUGUGGAGAAUGCCACCAGAGCAUACGAGCAAGCUGUGAAUCUGGACCACGACAAGAAGGGAGCGCUGAGUCAGUAUCAGGAAAUGGAGAGAAAAGUCAACACACUCAGAGACAGCAGUAGCAGCUUCGACUUUGACCCAGAGCUCAUAGACAUGGCUCAGAAGAUGGGAGCAGCCCUCCAGGUUACAGAGAGCGUGGUGUGGACCAAACCAUGCAAGGACUCCAAGUCCAAAGCGAGCUCAGGCGCAGCAACUCCGAGCCCGGGCGCCCCUCUUGGUACUAAUCAAGCUCUGGGUCAGGCCAUGUCUUCUGCUGCCAGCUACAACAAAAACAUCCAACUACCAACAAGACGCUCCACAUCACUUGACCCUGACCCAGACGUGGACAACGUUCCCAACCCGCCUUCUGAUCCUCCAGGUUCCCCAGAACCUGGCCAAGCAGAGGACCACAGCCCUAAGAGAAAAUCAAAGGCGGAAGAAUAAAUUAGUAUGGAGGAAUAUCUGCCUCUCUCCAGUUGAAUCGGAAAAUUACGCGUUUGAACUCUUUGACUGAUCAGGUGUAGCUGUUUUACUUUACAUUGAGCUAUGAGAUGUUUUUUUUCCUGCAUUCACAUAAAAUGGUCAAAAUACAAGCGAUUGUAAGAGCUUGCUUACAAAAAAAAAAAACAAGCUGGGAACACAUGCUGCUAAGUUAAAUGUCAGUGCUGCAACAAUUAUGGCACUAUAAUAUGCUUACAAGAUUAGAAUGCUUUGAUAAAUAGAAUGUUGUUGUCGGGUGUAAAUAGUGAUUUUUAUAUGUCAAAUGUCACAAGUAUGUAAUGUGUUCAACAUUAAAUUCUAGAGAGGUCGACUCUUUUCUUCCA